AUGGCGGUCAGCACACCUCUGUCGCCAAAAUCACAACACGGCCUUAACAUGGUGAUGCCAAUGCCUCCUCCUCUCCUGCAUACUCGUUCGGGAAAUGAGUUGUACGACCGUCCUCAAACUCCAUCCACUCCAGGCGGUAAUCAUGGCUUUACCACUCCGGUCCAGACACCUCAGGGUAGCCCGAGCAAGAAACAACUCCCACCCGGCGCCAAUGACCUGCCCAAUGUGUUCGAAAAUGCCAUGAAACUGGCACCCAUGUCACCUACAAAGAGUCAGCCUAAGUCGCCGUCCAAACAAGGUCUUUCCGUCGGAGAUGACAAUAUUGGCAAGGACCCUUUCAACGAUCCGCCCACUCAGCAUGUCGGCCGCUCCGAAAGCCCAACUCGUCAGUCAAACAAAGAGAAUGCGCCUGCCGGUGGCCUGAGAUACGGAAAGGAUAUGCAACAGAACCACGCUGCAAUUUCUAGACAGGGGCAAUACCAGCCGACAGAAUCGAGGAAGACAAUCACACGAGGCUUAACCACCGAGGAAAUGCAGAAACUGCAGCAGCCCAAGGUCAAGCGACUCGCAAACGUGACUCAAUUGUACUUCCUCGACUAUUAUUUCGACCUCCUCUCCUACGUGCACAACCGUCAAUCGAGAGAAGCAGUAUUCAAAGCCUCCUUCCCUGCUCCGCCAGAGACCCCAAAAGAAGAAUAUGAUGCUGCUCUUCACAAAUACCUCGGACGAGAACGUGCCAACUUGCGCAAACGUCGAACACGUCUCCGACAUGGUGACUUCCAGAUUCUGACGCAGGUCGGUCAGGGUGGUUAUGGUCAAGUUUAUCUUGCUCAGAAGAAAGACACACGAGAAGUAUGUGCGCUCAAGGUCAUGAGGAAGAAGCUACUCUUCAAAUUGGACGAGGUGCGACACAUAUUGACCGAGAGAGAUAUCUUGACGGCCGCCAAAUCAGAAUGGCUUGUCAAGCUGCUCUAUUCUUUCCAGGACGAUGAGCAGAUUUACCUGGCCAUGGAGUACGUUCCUGGCGGCGACUUCAGAACCUUGCUCAACAACACCGGUGUUCUUCAUAACCGCCAUGCACGGUUCUACAUCGCAGAAAUGUUUUCGUGCGUUGACGCUUUGCACACGCUUGGUUACAUCCAUCGCGAUUUGAAGCCGGAGAAUUUCUUGAUUGAUGCCACCGGUCACGUCAAACUUACCGAUUUUGGCCUUGCUGCUGGGAUGCUAAGCCCCAUCAAGAUCGAGAGCAUGAGAAUCAAACUUGAGGAAGUUGGAAAUACACCUGUGCCAUUUGGUAUCACCCCCGUCGAAGAUAGGUCGGCAGAUCAACGACGAGAGGGUUACCGCUCUCUUCGAAAGAAGGACAUCAACUACGCGAAAUCCAUUGUUGGCUCUCCAGAUUACAUGGCUCCAGAGGUGCUCAAAGGAGAACAGUAUGAUUUUACUGUCGACUACUGGUCUCUGGGAUGCAUGUUGUUUGAGGCUUUGGCUGGAUACCCUCCGUUUGCCGGCGCGACUGUCGACGAAACAUGGCAGAACCUCAAGCGAUGGCAGCGCGUUCUCCGUAAGCCGGUCUACGAUGAUCCAAACUACUUCCUCAGCAAGCGAACCUGGGAUCUGAUCACUCGCUUGGUUGCGGCAAAGGAGCAUCGCUUCAAGAACAUCUCAGAGAUUCACAAGCACGAGUACUUUGCAGAGGUCGACUUCAGUACUCUCAGAGAGCAGAAGGCACCAUUCGUUCCGGAGCUUGAUUCCGACACAGAUGCUGGAUACUUCGACGACUUCAGUAAUGAGGCGGACAUGGCCAAGUACAAGGAAGUGCAUGACAAACAAAGAGCUUUGGAAGAGAUGGCGGAACGCGACGAGAAGAUGGGCAAGGGUUUGUUCGUAGGAUUCACCUUCAGGCAUCGCAAACCGGAUACUACCGAUUCCAGCCCGAGAAAGCGCAUCGAGACGGAUGGCACUUUCGGAACGAUGUUUUGA